GAUCGCGAGAGCAGCUACGGCCCGGUAGGAGUAGGGGGCGUUCCAUGGUUAAAGCACAAAUGCGGUGGUGGGUGACGGAGAGCGUCUUUUCUGUCGUAUCGCGGGGCAGAAAGCCUUGCCUGAGAGGUUUAAUGCGCUGGGUGCUGCCUUGGCGCUGAGGAGGCCUCGUUCCUGAGCUCUGGGCUGUACCGGAAAGGCUCCAGACAUCAUUAGGAUGGUGCUUGCUAUGUAAUUGGAACUCAGGGAUUCAAGAGAAGGAAACACUUACUCAGAAUUAAUUAGUCACAAUGAAUAUGCUGCUGUUCUUUACUUUGGGAUUAUUUGUACAUUUUGUGUUCUUCGUCUCUAUCUUUGACAUUUAUUUUACAUCUCCUUUGGUUCAUGGAAUGACUCCUCAGUUUACACCAUUGCCUCCUCCAGCAAAAAGAUUAGUGCUAUUUGUUGCUGAUGGCCUACGAGCAGAUGCGCUUUAUGAGUUAGAUGAAAACGGAAAUUCCAGAGCACCAUUUUUAAGGAAUAUCAUAAUGUACGAAGGCAGCUGGGGAAUUUCUCAUACACGUGUGCCAACAGAAUCACGUCCAGGUCACGUUGCCCUCAUAGCUGGAUUUUAUGAGGACGUCAGUGCCGUUGCCAAAGGUUGGAAAGAAAAUCCUGUAGAAUUUGAUUCCCUUUUUAAUGAAAGCAAGUAUACAUGGAGCUGGGGAAGCCCAGAUAUCUUGCCUAUGUUUGCCAAAGGUGCUAGUGGAGAUCAUGUUUAUACAUAUAGCUAUGAUGCUAAAACAGAGGAUUUCGGUGCCAAUGAUGCAACAAAACUGGAUACCUGGGUUUUUGAUAAUGUUAAGGACUUCUUUGAUACCGCCAGAAACAAUCAGUCUUUGUUUUCAAAAAUAAAUGAAGAAAAAAUAGUUUUUUUCCUGCAUUUAUUAGGAAUAGAUACAAAUGGACAUGCCCAUCGGCCGUCAUCAAGGGACUAUAAGGACAAUAUUAAAAAAGUUGAUGAUGGAGUAAAGGAAAUUGUGUCCAUGUUCAAACAUUUUUAUGGAAAUGAUGGGAAAACAACAUUUAUCUUUACCUCUGACCAUGGAAUGACAGAUUGGGGUUUCCAUGGGGCUGGUCAUCCUUCAGAGACGUUAACUCCGUUAGUCACCUGGGGAGCUGGCAUCAAGUAUGCCCAAAAAGUGUCUGCUCAGCAAUUUGAUGAUGCAUUUUUGAAAGAAUGGAGAUUGGAGAAUUGGAAGAGGCAAGAUAUAAAUCAGGCUGAUAUUGCACCAUUGAUGGCUUCCCUUAUUGGAGUUCCUUUUCCCCUUAAUUCAGUGGGGAUCCUUCCUGUGGAUUAUCUUAACAACACAGAUCUCUUCAAAGCAGAGAGCAUGUUUACAAAUGCAGUACAGAUUCUUGAACAGUUCAAGGUGAAAAUGACUCAGAAAAAAGAAGUUACUUUACCAUUUUUAUUUACACCAUUUAAAUUACUCUCUGAUUCUAAACAACUCAACAUUUUAAGAAAAGCAAGAUCUUAUAUAAAACAAGGAAAAUGUGAUGAAGCCGUGUCCCUUUGCAAGGAGCUGAUUCACCUUGCAUUGGAAGGAUUGUCUUAUUACCACACUUACGACAGAUUCUUUUUGGGCAUCAAUGUUGUUGCUGGUUUUGUGGGAUGGACAUCGUAUGCUUCUUUGUUGAUCAUCAAGUCUCAUUCCAACCUUACGAGAGGUUUAACAGUUAAGAAAUCAAGCCAUCUCCUGCCAUAUGGUUUCCUAGCUGCUGGCCUUUUAGUAGCUUUGUUUCUGCUGAUUCAAGCCUGUCCCUGGACUUAUUAUGUGUAUUGUUUGUUGCCAGUGCCAAUAUGGUAUGCUGUUCUAAGAGAAUUUCAAGUUGUUCAGGACCUUGUUGCAUCACUGUUGACCUUUCCUCUGAGCCAUUUUGUUGGAUACCUGUUAGUCUUUACUGUGGGAAUUGAAGUAUUGGUUCUCAGUUUUUUCUACCGCUAUAUGCUUACAGCUGGACUUAUUGUAUUUGCGGGUUGGCCGUUUCUAACUAAACUGUGGACUCAAGCAAAGAUCACUUCACUGAGUUGGACUGUCUUUUCUUUGCUCCUGGCGGUGUUCCCACUGAUGCCUGUUGUAGGUCGGACGCCAGACAUCUCUCUAGUAAUGGGUGCAGGCUUGCUGGUUCUUCUGCUGUCCCUGUUUGCUGUACCAUCUCUCAUAAAAAGAAAAGGUAGUCUUGCAAAGGAAGAGCUAUUGGUACAUCUCUUACAGAUUCUGAGCACAGUGCUUUCCAUGUAUGUUGUAUACAGCACCAAUAGCAGUCUACUCAGGAAACAAGGACUACCUCUAAUGAAUCAGAUUUUGAGUUGGGCAGUGUUAGCCUCUUCCCUGGUUGUGCCCCUCCUGAGCUCUCCGGCUCUCUUCCAGCGAUUGUUUAGCAUCCUUCUUUCCUUGAUGUCAACCUACCUGCUGCUAAGCACAGGGUAUGAAGCUCUCUUUCCAUUAGUGUUGUCAUGUUUGAUGUUUGUCUGGAUACACAUGGAACAAGAAACCCUACAACAAUCUGGUAUUUCAUGUAAAAAGAAGCUCGCCAGUAUUCAGUUCUCCUAUACCAUGGAUAUAACUCAGUUUCGACAGCUCUACUUGGAUGACAUCCGUAGGGCCUUUUUCCUUGUUUUCUUCUUAGUGACAGCAUUUUUUGGAACUGGAAAUAUAGCUUCUAUUAAUAGCUUUGAACUUGCCUCUGUCUAUUGCUUUCUGACUGUGUUUAGUCCAUUCAUGAUGGGAGCCCUGAUGAUGUGGAAGAUCCUAAUCCCCUUUGUGCUUGUGAUGUGUGCUUUUGAAGCAGUACAAUUAACUACUCAGCUGUCAUCAAAAAGCCUUUUUCUCAUUGUUCUCGUCAUAUCAGACAUUAUGGCUUUGCAUUUUUUCUUUUUGGUGAAGGAUUAUGGCAGCUGGCUUGAUAUUGGAACAAGCAUCAGCCACUACGUGAUUGUCAUGUCCAUGACCAUCUUUCUGGUGUUUCUCAAUGGCCUGGCACAGGUGCUCACGACAAAGAAACUCAGACUACGUGGUAAACCCAAAAGCCAUCACAUGUGAUGUUAUUGAAGCCAUCAUUCAGCAUCUUAGAGAUUCUGUUUCUCAUUCUCCUUUUAAGCUAAAAUCCCAUCAAAGAUUCAAUUAGGAGAUGGAUAUUGCUGUUUAGUAUAUUGUACGCCUGUAAAGAAAAUGAUGUUGGAAUUCUGAAUUUAUAGCUUAUCUGUGGAGAAGGAGCUUCCUUUUUCUUUCAGAUUUUGCAGGCAUGAAAUGGUGAUUAUAUCUGAGGAGAAGCAUAGUAAAGCAUUCUCCAUUUCCACUGUUUUCCUUUAACUGACAGUCUUGUCAGUGAUGUUUCAGAGCCCCUGCAGCAAUCUCCCCCCUACCUGGACUGCUUCUCUCACACCCCAAGGAGAUUGUGCACCUGUAGGGCCCAGUGCCGAUGGCAUCCAAAUCAUUGCUGUGGCUGACUUGAAGGAAAUCACCAGGUGACACUAUAAAUAUUUAUCAGCUCUCAGCACUGGUUUUGCAGUACGUCUGACUAGUCAACAAUAUUACUAGAAAGAUAAUCAGGGUGUGUUAUUUCCCAUUUUCUAAAGCUUUGGUAGAGGUGUCAGCACAGUGGCAUAGUGGGUAAAGCCGCCACCUGCGGCUUGGCAUCCCAUAUGGACACCAGUUUGAGUCCCGGCUGCUCCACUUUUGAUCCCGCUCCCUGCUAAUGAGCCUGGGAAGGCAGUGGAAGAUGGCCCAAGUACUUUGUCCACUGUACCUACAUGGGAGACCCGGAAGAAACUCCAAGCUUCUGGCUCCAGCUUAACCCAGCCCUGGCCAUUUUGCCCAUUUGGGGAGUGAGCCAGCAGAUGGAAGAUAUUUCUUUCUCUCUCUGCCUCUGCUUCUCCCUCUUGUAACUUUACCUUUCAAAUAAAGAAAGAAAUCUUUAAAAAAAUUUUUUAAAUAAAGCUUCAGUAGAAAAAUGUUUGCAGGUGUUUGUUGUUUUUCUUCAGUACGUACAGUACAUAGUAAUAUUGUAUGCUUCUUUAGCACUAUUUCCAGGGUUUCAUAGUCAACCAGUUAGAGGCCGUGUUAAUCUUCACUUUUUUUAUUAUAUCUGGAUACUCAUGGAAUUUCUGGCAACAGCAAAAGAGGAAAUACUUAGUAUUUGUCUAUAGGAAAUAAUCGAGGUAGUGUUUCAUUAGAGACUCAACAUUUGUUACCCCCAUAGCUUUUUUCAUGAAUUUUUUUCAACAGAAUUCUUCAAUUGUGUAGUUAAACUUUCUGACAAUAGCAUAAGCAUUCAUGUUAAAAUUGCUACUCUGAUUCUGAAAGUCUAGUUCAAAAGCUUUAACUCUGAGGAAAUUUAAAUUUCCAUUCAUAAACUAAUCAUAAACCAAUUUUAAUGGACAAAGUCUUUUAAGAACAAUUUUUAUUUGGGUUUUCCAUAAAGUGACCUUCACAUGUCACUGUAGAGCUUGCUUUUUGCUUGUGGUGUGCCAGUAGCUUUUGACUGAUGCUAAACUUUGUUGGUAUGUGUCCCAUUUUUAAAAAGAAUUGCGUUUGAAUUGUUAUAUCAUUACUACUUUAGAUCAGUGAUUAGGAAACCCUCUAAAAAUUACUAGGUUUUUCAGAUUGGCAGGUGAGUGAACAAAACAAUUUGCAAGAUUCAAAAAUCAGCUAGGAAAAAUUUACCUUUAAAUAUUUUAUUUAUAAUAAGAUAGAAAUUUAUGGGGCCAGUGCUGUGGCAUAGAAGGCUAAGCCUUCUCUUGCUGUACCAGAAUCCCAUAAGGGCACUGAGUCCCGGCUGCUCUGCUUCCGAUUCAGCUCCCUGCUGAUGGCAUGGAAAAGCAGAGGAAGAUGGCCCAAGUACUUAGGCCCCUGCACCUGCAUAGAAGACCUGAAAGAAACCCCUGGCUCCUGGCUCCUGGAUUCGGAUCAGCCCAGUUCUGGCCAUUGCAGCCAUUUGUUGAGUGAUCCAGCAGAUGGGAGACCUCUCUGUCUCUCUCUCUCUCUCUCUGUCUCUCUCUCUUUUUAACUCUCCCUCUCAAGUAAAUAAAUAAAAAUCUUAAUAUUAAGAAAAAAUUUAUUUGUGACAAUACUUAAUGGUACAGCAUUGAAAACAUUAUAGUCUAGAAAAUAAUAUUAAUGUUAAUUAAGGUUUCUUGCCUUGGUCUGUAAUAUACGAUCCAGGUGGACAGCUUAAGUAAAGAGUGGCAGGGCAGAAUGAGAAUCCAUGAGCUUUCUUAUGACCUUAAGGACUUUUGAUCAGCUUUUUUACAUCUCAGAGAAAAGUGAUUUUAUUAACACUUAUCUAGUUUUGCUUUCAUCUUUCUCCAUACAGAGGAAUUAAAGAAUUUGUUAUUGCAACAUUGUAAAAGCUGCGCAGUGCUUUUAUCUUUCUUAUUUUGCUUUUCCAAGGCUGUUUUGCUCUUACCAUUCUAUUUUGGGUCCCAGGGAGUUUACAGAAGAGGACAGUGCAUCUACAAGCAGCGGCUUGCCUUGCGCACCAUAACCGGACACCUCAGAUUUGGGCCUUUCUGAUGCAUAGUUUCUUAGAUAUCUGAAGUGUUCUGAGAUUUUUUUUUUAAGAUUUAUUUGUGUAUUUGAAAGGCAGUGUUAGAGACAUAGACAAAUAGAGGUCUUCCAUCUGCUGGUUCACUCCUCAAAUGGCUGCAGCAGCUGGGGCUGGGCCAGGCCAAAGCCAGGAGCCAAGAGCUUCUUCUGGGUCUCCCAUGUGGGUGCAGAGCCCAAGCAUUUGGGCCAUCCUCCACUGCUUUCCCAGGUGCAUUAGCAGGGAGCUGGAUCAAAGGUGGAACAGCUAGGGACUUGAACAUGUGUCCAGGUGGCUUUACCAGCUAUGCCACAGUGCCGGCCUCAAGAUGUGUUCUUAUAUUGAAAAAAAGAAGUAAGAUUUAAAUGAAAUGUGUUCUGUUAUUUUUAAUUUUUUAUUUUUUAUUUUUAGUUUUAUUUAAAAAGCUGAGUGAAAAAGAGUUGAAGAGAGAUGGAAUGUCAUUUCCUUAAUAUAUAAAUAUAUGGCACAAUAAAAAGGGUUGCCUGAUCAAAUGUACCUGAGAAAUACCUAUUCAAACAAAGUUAAAUAGUUGCAUUUGUUUUCAUACUAAGGCAGUUUAAUGUAUGUGCACUGGGAAGGGAGGAAGCUAGCAGUAUGCCAGAAGCUUCCACUUGCUUGACUACUGACCCUUCCUUAGAGUCUCUCUCCUGAGACUAAACGUGCUUUAGAAAUGUCUCAACAGUAUGCCUUUCUCCCCGUGUACUGAAACCUCAGUUUGUCUAUUUUGAAACUAGGGUGCUGUAUGCUUAAUUGAAUUUUUUGUAAGAAAUCAAAAGUUAUUUUUAUCAUAACCCUUGAAGUUGGAAAACUAUAAAAUGCACUGCAAAUCUU